AUGUACAUACAGUCGAUACUUUGUGUUUUAGCAUUUGCUCAAUUGAUUUCAGCAUCUGCAUUCACAUUCAUUUUGGGCGCUAAAGAAAGAUCAUGUUUCUACGUGUUUACUGAAAAACCAUCAACUCAAAUCAGAUAUUAUUUUGCUGUUCAAAGUGGUGGUUCAUUUGACGUUGACUAUGUCAUAACUGAUCCAAAUCAAAAUGUCAUAUACCAAGAAAACAAAAAGAGACAUGGUGACUUUGUAUUCCCUGCUCAAAUCCCUGGUGAAUAUGAGUUUUGUUUUUCAAAUACCAUGUCAACAUAUCUGGAAAAAGUUGUUGAUUUUGAAAUCGAAGUUGAGGAUGAAUCCACUUCGAAUAAUGUUAAAGCAAGUUUGCCAAAUCAGCCAAAUGCUAAGCCAUUGGCUCAUGUGGAAAAUAUGAGAUCAACUGUUGAUAAUAUUGAAUCCCAAUUGGAUGGUUUGGCCAAAACUUUACAAUUUUACAAGACUAGAAAUAGUAGAAACCAAGCUACCGUUCAAUCUACUGAAUCUAGAAUCUUUUACUUCUCGGUAUUUGAAGUAUUAUUGAUGGUUGGUAUGGCUAUUUUACAAAUUACAAUUGUUCAAUUAUUUUUCAAAGGUUCAAGAAAACAAUUGGUUUAA